UUUGUCGAAGUAUAUCCUUUUUUAUUAUUUGCCAGAUUGCCAGACAAGAUGCGGACAAGGCUAUGUUAUUUAUAUUAAGGAAAAACGUUACGACCACUUGGAACACUUGGAUUUUAAUUAAAUUUAAUUUAUAUCGUAGAGAUUAAUAAGUACAAGCUACAAAUUUAGAAAAUGGCAACGCGAAACCUGACAGAAGCAUUUACUAUUAUGCGAAAUAAUGCCUUACAAACAAAAAAUAUAUAUGCAGAACAGAUUAUGUCAGAUAGGAUGGCCCUUGUUGGUUCGGAAAAUAUGGGUGAUGGAGUAGAACUGAGGGGUAUUAAUGUUGGAAGUACAGCACCUCCGCCUUGGGUUGAUGCCUUGGAAGAAACUCAAUAUAUUCUAAGCCGUUUAAAGACUAAAGUAGAUAGUUUAGUAGAAAUACAGUCUAAACAACUAACUAGGCCUACUCUAGAUGAAAAUUCUCAAGAAGAACGCCAAAUGGAACAAUUAACCCGUGAGAUUGGUAAAGCAUUUUCAAGUGGAUUUAGACAAGUACAAAUAAUUAAAUCUGCUGCCAAACAUGAAGUUAAACAUGCAGAAAGGAAGCUUGCAAGCAAUGUAGUUAUGGCUCUUUCUGCGGCCUUGCAAAACUUAGGACUGCGUUAUCGUACAGCACAACAAGACUACUUACAAAAAAUUAAUUCAAGAGAAGAGAGGAACAGGCUGUUUUUUGAUGAUGAACUAUUUAACUUAACAAAUAAUAAAUCAUCAUCAUCAGAUUACUGGUUAAAUGAAUCUAUAAGUAAUGAGUCUUCUAGUUUAUGGCAAAGUCAUCAAAGACAAGACUCUGUUCUUCUUCAAUUGGAAGAUGUUGGACAAGAUGUACGAAUAGCAGUUGAGAGAGAGAAGGAAGUAGAACAUAUUGUUAAAAAUAUAACGGAGCUUCAUGAUGUAUUUAAAGAGCUUUCAGUAAUGGUGUCAGAUCAAGGAACUAUUUUGGAUAGGAUUGAUUAUAAUAUAGAACAAUCACAAGUUCAAGUACACGAAGGGUGUCAACAACUAAAACAAGCAGAAACAUAUAAAAGAAAAAGUCGUAAAUUAUAUUGCAUUUUAAUACUAGUGGGGUCUAUAAUUUCCUUUAUUUUCUUGUAUGCUUUAUUUAGUUAGUCAUAACUUUUUAUUACUGUUUUUAAAAAUUCUGUAAAUUAUGUGUACGAUUUUAUUAGUCAUUCUUUAUAAAAAAUGAGAUAAACAAAUUUUGCAAUGCGUUAUAGGAUUAACUAACAGUAUUAUACAAUCAAUUUACAGAAAACUCGGUAAAAGUUUGAAAAACUUAAACAGAGAUUUAAUUUUGAGGCUGACUUAUAAAUGUUCAUUGUGAACUAUUUAAAAUUAAAACACGAUAGACAUAUUAUUCAUGUUAAAUGUAUAUUUCGCUUGGAAUCGCUAGUUCAAACGAUUUAAUUUUUCUUGCUAGAGUUUUUAUGUCAAUGUUGGUUGUAUAAUUGCGUAGCUAAUUUCAUAAUAGCUUUUACGCAAACUCGUGAUAAUAUUUUAUUUUUAAGAAAUGAACAUAUAUAGAUAUGACAUACUGUAGACUGAUCUUUUACUUAAAUGCUUUAUGUCUUUCUUUAAUUAUUUUAAAUUUUACAUUCUUAUUUUUAUUUUUAUUCCGGAAGUUUGUAAUGAUUGUUGUUGUUCUUUGCCUAUUUCACUGAUAAUUCCACUUGAAAUUCAUAAUUAUAUUCUGAUAAAUGGAUUUUAAAGCGUAAAAGUAUUAAAUGUACAA